GCACGGUGUGGAAGUUCUGGCCGUUUGGGUCGGUGGUUGUUCGGGACGGCUACAUACACUCCUACUACUGCUACUACACCACCACCACCAGCUGAGCCCCAUCAAUCCACCUCGACUCCCCCUGCUUGAACGACGACCUCGCCCAACAAUGUCCGCACCACCCUCAUACCCGCGUCUCCCCCCCAAGCUGAUCCUCACGUCCACCAAGGCCUACUUCUCCCCCUCGCGCACCAUCUCGUACCUGGCCUCGCUUCUGGCCCCGGAGAACAACAUCCUCCCGCAGCUCGAGCGCCACCGCGCCGACGUGCUCUUCGUGCUCAUCCCGGACUUCCUCACGCUCUACCCGUGCGCGCAGACCCUGGGCGCCAAAUUCCCCGCGGCGUCUCCUUCGGCCCAAGAUGUUGUCGACGUGGAUCCGUCGUCGUGGCCCAUCGCCCUCGGGGCGCAGAACGUCUACCCCUCCACCACCUACGGCGCCUUCACGGGCGAGAUCGUCGUGCCCGGGAUCAAGGCGCUGGGCUGCUCCGUCGUCGAGCUCAACCACGCCGAGCGCCGGCGGUACCUGGGCGAGGACGACGGCACGGCCGCGAAGAAGGCCGCCGCCGUGUGCGCCGCGCACAUGGUGCCCCUGGUGUGCAUCGGCGAGCUAGACAGGCCUGACCUGCGCGGACCCCUGAGCCAGUCCGUCGGCGCCGCCAUGGUCCAGCUGCGUCCGCAGAUCCAGAGCGUCUUGGCCGCCGUGCCGCACGACGCCCCCGUCAUCUUCGCCUACGAGCCUGUCUGGGCCAUCGGCGCCGCGGAGCCCGCUGGCGUCGACUACGUCGGCCCCGUCGUCCAGGCUAUCCGAGAGGUCGCCGGGCAAGUCGCGCCGCAGAGGAAGGCUGAGGUCAAGGUCGUCUACGGCGGCAGCGCCGGUCCCGGGCUGUGGAGUGGCAAGGCCAAUGGAGGCAACGGACUGGGGAAAUGGGUCGAUGGGUUGUUUUUGGGGAGGUUUGCCCAUGAGAUCUCGGGUGUAAGAGGAGUCGUGGAAGAAGUUGUUGAAAGUUUGGGAACGAGGUGAAGAAGAGCCAGGCUUGUUAGAGAUUUGUGCCAAAUCAUGGCAGCGUUGGCAAUGAGGACAGCGCCUGAUCGCCAACCCGCAAGCGGAAGAUUCACCUACUUCACCACUCCAAAACAUGCCCUCGUCAAGUCAUGAACUCAUCGACCAACCCAACAGGUACUUAAAUGGACUCAGAUCGCCACGACCAAACAUAUCACAUCAAUCCCAAGACGCCUCCCAAAUGAGUUCACCCGACAAAGAACUUUCGACAAAAGCAGCACUCAACCCUUCAACUCCCCAGGUGUCAUCACAGACACCACGCUUGUUCCCUCGCUAAAUCUCGUCCGGAAGACACGAUUGGCGUUCUGAAACAUGCCAUCCUUCAAACUGACGACGAUAAACUGCGACCCCUGGAACCUUGUCUUGAUGAUCCGACCAAUAUUUUGAGUGUGCGAAAGAUCCAAUGCCGCGUCCACCUCGUCCAGGAUAUACAUCGGAGCGGGCUUGAACUGUAACAAGGCAAGGAUGAGGGACAGAGCAAUGAGCGAUCUAUGACAAUCCAUUAGCACUGUGGCGAUUGGAGAAGGAGAGACUGCAAGCAUGGCAUACCUUUGACCACCCGAAAGCUCCGUGAGACUCUGUUUCCAGACCUUUCCCAAACACACCUUCACCUCCAACCCUUCCUGAAUCCGAUCAAUAUUGUCGUCUAACGGCACCAAUUUCGCAGUGUUGUUCCCUGGCAAAAGGUCCGAAAAGAUGUUGCCAAAGUCCUCGGUGACUUUGCGCCAUGUCUUGAUAAGAGCCUCUUUCUUGUAUUCGUCCAGCGUGCUGAUUGUCUCCUCAAUCUUCUUCUUGUCCCGGAUGACUGUACGGAGCAUGUUCUUCAAAGAUGCCUCUUUCUUCUCGACACUAUCGAUCAUGGGCAUCACCUUGGGAUUGAUCUUUUUCUUCAUCCCCUGGAACCUCUCGGUGACGUUUUUCAGGGUUGCUCGACUCUCGGACAGGUUCUUGCCGUGGAAAUCGUACGGCGUGCCGGGGCGCCCAAAUUGGUCUUUGUUGUCCUCAAUCCAGUCAUGUUCCUUUUCCAGCGCUGCCACCAGUUGUGCGGCUGCUUGAGCGUCCUUCUGAGCUUUCUCGACCGCAUGGCCCAGUUUUUGUGCCUCGAGGGCCUCUUCAGCGAUCUGUUUGGACUUCUUAGAUUUGGCUUGUUCCAAUUCGCGCAGCUCGUCGUCGAACCCCGUCAGUUUUGCUCGUUCGUCGUCCA